AUGAGCUCCUAUUUUGUCAACUCCCUCUUCUCCAAGUACAAAACCGGGGACUCCUUGCGCCCCAACUUCUAUGAUUGUGGGUUCGCCCAGGAGCUCGGAGGGAGACCGACAGUGGUGUACGGGCCGAGCACGGGGGGCACCUUUCAGCACCCCACCCAGAUCCAGGAGUUCUACCACGGGGCAUCUUCUCUCUCCAGCUCCCCUUACCAACAGAAUCCCUGCGCCGUAACGUGCCACGGGGACCCCGGGAACUUCUACGGCUAUGACCCGUUGCAGAGACAAAGCCUCUUCAGCGCCCAGGAAUCCGACCUGGUGCAGUAUCCGGACUGCAAGCUCGCCUCCACCGGCCUGGGAGAAGACGCGGACAAUUCCGAGCAGAGCCCUUCUCCCACACAGCUCUUCCCCUGGAUGAGACCGCAAGCAGCCGCUGGACGGAGGAGAGGCAGGCAGACGUACAGCCGCUACCAGACCUUGGAGCUGGAGAAAGAAUUCCUUUUUAAUCCGUACCUGACCCGCAAGCGGAGAAUCGAAGUGUCGCACGCUCUGGGACUGACCGAAAGGCAAGUGAAAAUCUGGUUUCAGAACCGGAGGAUGAAGUGGAAAAAGGAAAACAACAAAGAUAAGUUUCCGAGCAGCAAAUGCGAACAGGAAGAAUUGGAGAAACAGAAAAUGGAAAGGGCGCAGGAGGUGGAAGAGGGCGGAGAAGCACAGACGGGGGACAAGAAGUAAGAGCUGGAAGACUGGACAGGCAAGCCCCAGAAAGCCCCUCGUCCUUCCAUUCAUGCCAGCUAAUGUGAGAGGUGAUGGGGUGGGGGAUAAACAGUGCUUAGGGGAGGGGAAUCUCCCCUUUCAUUGCUGUAAAACACUAUAGCUGUGAGCGUCUUCUUCUCCUGAUUGUCCUUUGAUACAUACAAUGAACUAUAUCUAUAUUUAAAAAAAAGAGAGCUUUUGGGGUCUUUUUAGCCUUGUUGUUAUUUUUCGUUUCCUUGCCAGUUAAGAAUUAGUAAUAGUGUAAUGCAAUAGCUUCUGUUAACCAUGACUGUGAACAUUAUUUCUCCCUCUCUCACCCUCUCUCCCUUCCUCCCCCCUCUCUUUCCUGCCUCGUGCCCCCUCACUAAUUGGGGUGAGGGCACACUCUCAGUGCUGUAGAAAUUAUGUGAAAAUUAUAUACUGCACUUUUGAAGACUCUCUCUCACCUCCCUCUUUUCCCCUCUCUCCUUCACUCUGUCUCUCUCUCUUUCUCUCUCUCAAAUAUAGAAAAUAUGUGAAAAUCAUACAUAGUGCACUUU